AUGGGCCGGCCGAGGCGCGCUCGUGCUGCAAACGCUUGGGCGCCGGCGGUGCCGCCCGUGGCUCCGGCGAGGCAGCCUCGGUCGGCGCCCAAUGCGCGGCGCGGUGGAGGAGUGGCAGGUGGCGCUGCCAAGGCCAGGCAGGUUGCGCUGCCGGAGGCCGUCGACGAGAGCGUCGAGAAGAUGGCCCACGUGCACUCCAGCGUGGUUGAAGAGGGGGUGAUCAUCGAAGAACUCCUGCGGUGCCUGGUUCCGCGGGCGGCGGGGUUCUCCACUGGUGAGGACGAGUGCGACGAGGCGCAGCAGCAGCUCGACUUCGCGUUCAAGUUGGCCACCAUCGAUUGCAAGAUCCAGGCUGGGCAGGUGAAGAUCGGCAAUGCGGACGCCGUGAAGGCCGAGAAGAGCUCGGGGGUGCCUCUGGGGAGCGAGAUCGAGGAAGCGCUCGGCGUGGCGGCGCUGCCCGCGGGCGCGAAGCUGGCCGUGGGAACGGGCGUGCCGAUGCUGACGCUGAUGGCGCCGCUGACCCAGCAGCUCGUGAAGCUGGUCGCGAAGCAGGUGGGUGCGUUGAAGAUGGCCUUCCGGGACAUGGAGAUGGUCGGGAAGCCGGGCGUGCUCAAGGUGGCCAUGCUUGCCGCGAGACUGGACGUGACGGCCCUCGGGAUCCAAAGCGUCGGCGUCCUGGCUACGCGGUGGGCCGACGACAUCGACGACGUGCACACACUGGCUGUGGAGUCACAGGUGGUCGAGCACGCAUUCGAGGGCGUCGACACGCAGGUCAAGGUCGCGGAUGGCUCAGACGAGCUGCUUGAGGAGUUCGCCGACGGCACCAUGGAGAGCAAUGGGUCCGACGGCUGUGACGCGGGUGUCGACGAAACGUUCGACGAGGAAUAG